ACAUAUCGUGCUGCUGUGUGAUCAAUGCGCAGGCAGUGUGUUGGCGUGACACUAUGUUGGCGUGACACUAUGUUGGCGUGGACGAGGUAAAUGGACUCAACACGAGGACUUUACCAAAACAUGCAAUAAACCAAACAGUUUGUCCUGAAAGGAUUCUUUACAGGUGAAGACAUUCCUCCCACAUGAUGACACCGUACAGGUGCUUUAAAGAUGGCACAUGAAAGUGUCGGUGCUGAUCAGAUUACAUUCAACAGACUUCAAGGUUCCCAAUGUCGACAAUGCUUGGCUAUAGCUCAAACUGAUUCGCGGGAUAUCCCUUUACCUGAAAGUAGAUACUUACCAAUUCAUGUAGAUGUCACCUUGAUCAAUCCACAAACAGAGUCAAACGGAACAAAGGAUCACAGAAAAUCAAAAGAGCAUCGCGAAUCACAAGGUUGCAGCAGUUCAAAGGUUUACAGCAAGACAAGAAAUCGAAGAAGGUCAAAAGAUCGCAGCAGCGCAAGGGAUCGCAGCAGGUCAGAAGAUCGCAGCAGCGCAAGGAAUCGCAGCAGAUCAAAGGAUCGCGGCAGGUCCAGGAAUCGCAGCAGAACAAGGAAUCGCAGCAGGUCAAAGGAUCGCAACAGGUCAAAGGAUCGCGGCAGGUCAAGGAAUCGCAGCAGGUCAGAAGAUCGCGGCAGGUCAAGGAAUCGCAGCAGAACAAGGAAUCGCAGCAGAUCAAGGCAAAGAAACACAUCAACAGGGCAGCGCAGUGCAAGUAAUAAAAACGUGUCAAGAAAAUGUAAAAGAAACGCAUUCAUAAGUGAACUUUUGAUAAAGAUUUCGGCACUCCGCAACAGUAGAGGGGGAGCAGUGUUAAUACAUUUAGCAGGUCUUGCAGAAAAUGACAAAUGCCUGGACUAUUUACAUGAACUGAUUGAUGACAAACUUAAUUCUAUAAUCGAGGACGGAAAGCUUUUUGUUAACGUUUACAAAAAGUGUUGGUUACCUGUUGAAGACACUAUCUUCAGAGAAUUUGUUGCAGUCAUUGUCUUGCCAUCUACAACAGUCGUUACUGCAGAUUUCAAUACAAAGAUACCCUUGGAUAACAGCAUUGAAGAUCCCACAAACAGCACAGUGAAGACGUUUCUAAGAGACAAGACAGUGUUUGAGGAUAGACGAGCCAGAAUAAGAGGCAUAACAGGUGAAGAUAUACAAGAGCGUCGUUGUGUGCAAGUGAAGGGUUUUACACAUCAAGAUGUCACUCUCAAAGAAGAACUGCUUAGAGAAAAUAGUAAACUAAGUGACUACAUCUGGAAGGAAUUAAAAUUAGGACAGUACAUAAGCGCGUUUUCAAAAAUAGAAGGAGGGGGCUCGUUUUACUUGGGUAUUGUUGAAAAGGUAGUUGAACGGGGUUCCUACAAGUCCAAAACAGUUGAAAUUGAUGGAUUUAAACUUGAGGAGGAACGUCAUACAGAUUUAAUAAACAUACUUCUCAAGAACAUUGUUGAUGAAAUGCUGAUGCUGUCUUAUGACAACACAACUCUUCACUUACAGUUGAACUCUUCUGAAGUAGAUGAAUUCCUAAAGAUUGCCUUCCAUUGCGUUCAAAAUAAACCAGGCUACUACGUUCUAGAAGUUGCAGUUGGAGCAGUGGACGGAAUCAUGUUUUAUGACAAACACGGGCCUGCGUCAUAUGAAGUUAUCAAUCAAAAUACAUUGAACAGGUUAGAUGUCAAUGAAUGGUACAUGCGGCUCAUGAAGGAACACUUGUCUGAAAUUUGAGAAAAGUGUUCACCAUGGCGAUGGAAGGUCCAAAGCAAAUAUUAGACGCUACUCUGAAUAUGGACCACGUUACGGACAUUGCCAUCAAAUCAUUUGACCAGCGUCCACCCCAAGUCAAGCAGAUAGGCAACGGUCAAGAGAGGAUAAAACAGCAUGUUUUGAUAGAACAUGAUGAACGUGCAGAUCAUGUCGCUAUUUAUCCAAGAGUUUUGGACCAAGAGGGGCAACGCCUGUCACUGCUAUUAAAACAACGUCUCCAUGCAUCAAACAGCGUUGGUCUUGCGUACAUAGCAAGGAACCUUGCUGUUUCUGCAAACUUUCCUGCGAAGCCUAAGCCUGACAAUGUCCUUCUUGACGUUUGUUUGAUUACACAGAAGAAGCCAACCUUAAUCCUAAGUGUAGUGAAGGACGUAGACACAAAUUCCUCAACAGCUAAGCGAUAUAAUCUAUCACUAGCUAAAGGUGUGAAUGAUGCCAUACGGAGAUUUACUGAUCAACAGUUCAGCUCAAUGUAUGGCCUCAUAUCUGAGAAGGAUCUUUCUGAACAAAGUGCCUUUGAUAAUGUACUUUCGAAUAUAAAGAAAGCGGUAUCAAGGAUUUGUGUAACUGGUUCUCUAUCAAUGUCUGUUCAGAAAUAUAACAAAGUCCUUAGUGCAUUUCUGAACUACAUUGCCGUCACUCGUUAUGUUAUUGGAGCUGCCAAUGAUGCCUCAACACUAUGGCUACUUACAAUUGAACAAUUUCGCAUCCUGACCGAAAAUGUCAGCAACAAGGAAGUGUCGGUUUUAGCUGAACCGUAUUGCGGGGGCCAUGUUCUGCAAAAUGAAGUUGCAUCCCGACUUGAUAAAGGAGGUCCCACAAUGCUUAUCUUGUACUGCAGAAGUCGACAUUUGGAGUUUGCAAGAAGAACUUCAGUUUGCACCCACGUGUUUACCCUGGAUGAAGCUAUGGAGGAACUGAGAAGAAGAAGUUUACCAACAGAAGUUGAAAACGUAGUUACAGACUGUACGCAGAGUGAAAUUGAAAAUUUGGGACUUCAUCCUAAAAGCAUCUGGUAUUUUCGCUACAGUGGAGCUGAACGUCAAAAACAUAUAGCCUACCUCAACCGGGAAUUAGACGUCCUAGGGCUAGUUCAUCUGAAGAGUCGUUUACAGGCAAGUGUCAGUUCAAAUACGAAGGCUAGCUAUUGUGCAAUAAUUAAUGUACAUCUUGACUAA